AUGCUUAAGAUGAACAAACGAGGCAAGGAUGUGAACUGGUCAAAGUUUGCAAAUGCAUCGCCUAAACCAAAGAGACUUCACUUAGAAGAGGAUGACUGUGAUGGUCUUUUUCACUGCCCAGUGCAAAUUUGUAACCACGAGGGAUUCGCUACGCAAAGAGGCUGUAGAAAACACGUAAAGAACAAACACAGUUGGUACUAUUACUUCGACGAGAAGCCAGACAGUGCUCAAAUCGAAAAGCUUAAUGUCGAUGAAACCAGCAAAUGUGAAGCCAGUGAUCAGAAGAUUACACCGCGUAAAAGCAGGACAAUUGCCUCUUUUGAUCCUAAGAACAAAAUUACCAAGAACUUUUUUUUUCGUGGCUCACUGGCAGUGGUGGGGGCUGUAAAGUGAUCGACAAGCACAACAGAUCGUUAGCAAGUGCUUGAAGUUUCUCAAAUUUUGUUGCGAGGACGAAGAGGAGGUCACAUUUGACAUUGUGGACUUUAGUUUAUGUUCACCUAAUCUCCUUUUUAAGUUUGUUGAUACGAUGCAGGAUGAUUGGAACCUCGACACGCCGGACGCAUAGGCUACUUGGAUGCCAUUGCAGAAUUGGUGGAUUAUCGAAAAGUGAAUGGAGCAUCGGAAUCGGUAUUGAGGGGCUGACUUCAACAGAAAUUUACUUGAAAAAAGUGCGCAAAACCGUUUCCAAAAUGAUGCGGUUGCAGUGGACCAGUGAGCUCGACAUCGAUGCCUUAGAAGCCAAAGGGCACUGGGCCACACUAGAAGAACUGUUGGAAGUCGUGGGUCGCUACCUGCCGCGCUACGAGAGCGUGCUGAAAUCAUGCAAAGAGAAACCUGGUGCUGUUUUGCCAAUAGAUUUAUCUUUUGCUACCAAAUUUGUGGCCGUCUAUUUAUUUAUCAAGGUCAAGGGCUCGCGCGCCCCAUGACAUAUCAGUACUUAACAGUGGAAAUGGUGAACAAAGCCAAGACUAACGGUGGAUUUGUAGACCAGAAAAUGUUCAAAACGGCUGGCAAAUAUGGCUUCGAUUCUCUUUACCUGACUGAGACGAGCAUGCAAGUGUUGGAUGGCUACAUCAACCACAUUCGCCCCCUACUCAGACCGACCUGCGACUUUGUAUUGGUCACAAGAAAUGGAGGGCAGCACCAAAAACUGGGAGGGCUAAUGAGUAAACUGGUCUUUGAUGCAACGGGAAAGUACGUUCACCCGACUCGCUAUCGACAGAUAGUGGAGACCGCGAGUUCUAGACAGCUGAGCAGCAGCGCGCAGAGCACAAUCUCCGAGGACCAGAAAUAUAGCUCUGUUGUUGCAAGGGUUCACUAUCAGAAGCAGCGAUCGCGCGAGGUGGCAAGUAAAGCACAUGAAUAUUUG